CCCCUCUUCUCAUUUCUUUCCCCGGAAUCUGACCCCAUGCUUUAUCACAGCCAUUCUCCUUUCUUGACAGUUUUCAAGCGCGAUGUUGCGAUUUCUACAACCAAGUGAUCGUCUGUCUUGCACUCGCUUGGGGGUCUUGUCCUCUUAUCGUCCUUCCCGGCCAACCAAGCUUCGCUAUCCGUCUCCACUUCUCAUAGUUCGGAAUCCUACGAGCCCGUCGAGAUCGGUGAGAGUCUGGACUAGGCCGCCGACCAAAAAGAAAUUAAAGCCAAUUGUCAAGGAAAACUGCUUGGACAAGUACGACUACCGCCACAAUGGGAUAAAAAGUUCGACGGAUUUGCUGGACUUCGACAGUCCCCCAGAGAAACAACGCGAUGAUCCACUACGAGACACCUUGCAAACGGAGUUCAUCUCGAUUCUUCAAAGCGGCCAACCGGACUUGGUGAUGAAUGCGCUCACUGACCCUCGAUUCAGCAGCCUGGUAGGAGCUAUGCCAGAAACCACCUUCGUUGAGGCCUUCCUGCUUCUCUCUCCAGCGUACUUCAUCGAGCCCCAUCGAGACAUUAUCCGAGCGCUCCACCCAACCGCGGAACGGAGCAUGAAUAUCAAGCCAUUGCAGGAAAUCUUCGACGAAUUCGCCAGCAAGCUCGCACAAAUAAUUCGUCUCAGGGUUUCCACAGGCCUGGCGGAGUUCACCCACUUGCUCGCUUGCGCAGCCGCCAUGGGCGAUGCUCAGAUGGCACGCAGCGCAUGGCAGGCCAUGCAAGAUCGUAAUGUGGAGCCAGAUACCCAGUGUUAUAAUCAUCUCAUGGAGGCCUUGAUCUGGGACGAGACGUUUACCGGGUUGAGAAAAUACCGCCUGAGAGUGACCCGUUUCUCAUAUAAGAUGCGAAAAAAUGCGCCCAUCGAUUCAGGCUGGUCGGGAUACGGCACCGCAGCACGCAGCGUGCUCAAGUCGGUACGAGUGAUAUUCGCGGAGAUGAUGGCCAAAUCCGUCCCGCCGGAUGAGACCACCUUUGUCAACAUGAUGCUUGCAUCCUGUCGCACAGGUUGGGUUCCGGGGAUCAAGGCUGUUCUGAAAGCCGCUUGGAACAUAGAUGUCGACGAAUUGUUGACGGCAGGCGACCAGUCGGGAGCAUCCGAUAUCUACCACACCGACCCUGCUUCAUCCCUUCAUCCCACAGGUCGACUUCUGUUCGCGGUAGCUCACGCCUUCGGAACAAAUAACGAAAUUCAAGCUGCACUUCAUCUAGUGGAAUUCAUCGCAGGCCGUUACAAUAUACCCAUUCCCGAGAAGGUUUGGCUUGAAUUGUUCGAGUGGACGUUUGUCCUGUCCCGUCGCAAAUUCGGCCCCGACGCCGAGGAACAGGCGCACACGAGGGUAAAGCCACGUUUCGUGACUCAACUGUUCGAUACAAUGACCACAGAUCCAUACAACGUGCGCCCCACAAUUGAGGCGCGCCUCAAAAUCGCCAAGUUAGCGUGGGACAGUCGUAUUCUCAAGAACUACAUGCCACAAAUGUAUGCUUCAUAUGAGACCCUGAUGGAGACACGUCAAGGGAGAUGGGAGGCGAGGUCAGCCAUCGCGGCGUUUAUGAAGCGGCGCAGGCUACAUAAAAGCCGCGCAGGUUGGCAGUCGCGAGAUUUGGCCGACGCAAUACACACCUAUGAUAUCCUCAGACUGCACACAGCCCAACAGACUGAGCUGGUGAGAAAGCUCGCAAGAAACAUGCUGAUCAACAAGCUGUGGACGGGUCGAGACAACCCUGCAUGGUUUAGGUCACUGUUCCCCGUAGCGCUGGAGGAGUGGCGCGACUUCCUCCCGGAGGAUUUCCACUUGAACACUCGUGGAGGAGUAGUGCAUUUCGAUGGAAAAGUUCGCUGGGGUAGCCGGUACCGUUACAGCGGAAAGCGAAUACCGAUUCGGCGACCCACACCCUAUAAUGAUGUCGAGCCGGGUGACGAGGACAAUUAUCUUGACGACGAGUUCUUCUGGGAAGCUAUUUUGCGUCUCGGGCCAGAUAUCGAGCCAACGUCUGCAUCCCUUAAGCGACUAUUCGAGCCGGUUCUGGAGAAGUAUCGUCCCGCAGAAGACGAACUAUUCAUGUUGAGCCGCAAUUGAAGCACAGUGCAAUGUAGAACUUCUCACUGAGUCCUACGGCGAACUCCCCGCCUUGUCUGAAAACCGAGCCUGCUUAGAAGCUCUUUCUUUCUAGGCUUCAGACGCGUUUCCUAGCGUUAAUCUUCAGCAACCUAGUCCUUUGCGUACUGGUCUGGGCUGUAUGAUAAUUCACGGUGCAUGUGAUUUGAGCGUUUUUCAGACUACCCGGUCCAUAGUGACACGUUACGAGUUGUUUCCUGCUAAAACAUCGAUAUUGAUGACGGACCACUACUUCUAUAUAUAUAUAUAUAUAUAUAUAUAUAUAUAGAACUUUUAUGGCCU